AAAUAUCCAGCAGCAUGAGCUUAAGAGCGAUGCACCUGAACGUGCCGAGGGCCGUACGAGUUGGACACUCUGUAACAUUGGGAUGCCAAUACGAUCUGGAAGGAGCUGCUUUGUACUCAGUGAAAUGGUAUCGGGAUCAAGUGGAGUUUUACCGAUUUGUGCCAAAAGAAGAGCCUCCGAUCCGCGUGUUUCCAAUCGAUGGCAUCCGAGUCGAUUGGCUCCAGUGGGAAUUCCAAUGGUGUUGGUGGACAAAACUGGUCUGGACCAUGGAAGGCCCCUGAUCGCCGAUUGUCACGCGCCUCCAUCGCAUCCAGCGGCCAACAUCACGUUUUUCGUCAACGAUGAAAAGGUGCCUGGCUACACUUCAGAGUGGAGUUCGGCCACUCCGGACCAAUUGGAGGAGCGCACCGCUCGUCUAGAACUGACAGGAGUUGGAGGAAGUUGGGAGCCUCUUCGCAUUCGAUGUGAGGCUGCAGUUUUCCGUCUCUAUCGCUCCAGCAGUGCUGCAGUCGAAGUGAAACCGGACACCCCACAACCUGCUUCCGUUCUUCUCCUGGAAACUUCCUCCAAAG